CAAAAAAUAGCAGAGAAUUAAAAGUUUCGCAGAUUCUGUGAGUGAUCGAAAAAUGGAGAAUUCAUCAUCAUAUCUAAGCUCGCUUCCAGAAGAGGAUUCGCAAAAUGGUGGAGCUGCCGCUCAGAGUGCUAGCAAAUCGCCAUCAGCUUUUUCUUCCAAGCCCGAUCGUCCUCCAAUUCAGACUUCAUCACAUAAAUAUGCACCUUUAGAUUGGUCAGACUACUUUGACCAAGAAGAUGAUGUUCGCAUCCCAGACUCAGAAAAUGUAUUUCACUUCUAUAAGGCAGGAAAUGAGGGUCCAGUUGUUUUAUGUCUCCAUGGUGGGGGUUAUUCAGGGCUCUCAUUUGCUCUGUCAGCAAGACAAAUUAAAGAGAAAGCUAGAGUAGUAGCUUUGGAUUUGAGGGGACAUGGAAAGUCAUCCACUGAGAAUGAUUUAGAUCUAUCUAUUGAGACUCUUUGCAACGAUGUAGUGGCCGUAGUGAAGAUAAUGUAUGGGGAUUCUCCUCCAGCAAUUGUGAUGAUUGGCCACAGUAUGGGAGGUGCACUUGCUGUUAAUAUUGCUGCAAAGAAAGUGCUUCCUAGCCUGGCUGCGCUGGUUGUCGUGGAUGUUGUUGAGGGUACAGCAAUGGCUUCAUUAGUUCACAUGCAGCAGAUCUUAUCAAAUCGAAUGCAGCAUUUCUCCAGCAUUGAGAAAGCGAUUGAAUGGAAUAUCAAAGGAGGCUCUUUGAGAAACGUUGAUUCUGCUCGUGUCUCUAUCCCCAGCACACUAAUUUAUGAUGAUUCAAAAAAAUGCUAUACCCACAGAGCUAGGCUGGUAGAAACUGAACAAUAUUGGAAAGGAUGGUAUGAAGGUCUUUCAGAAAAGUUUUUGGCUAGUCCUGUACCAAAACUCUUGCUUCUGGCAGGAACUGAUAGGCUAGACAAAACUCUCACAAUAGGCCAAAUGCAAGGUAAAUUCCAAAUGGUUGUUGUCAGGCACACAGGCCAUGCCAUACAGGAGGAUGUACCCGAUGAAUUCGCCAGUUUGAUCCUCAAUUUCAUAUCACACAAUCGGAUAGGCCCUCACGGAGUUGUGGUCAGUACUUACAAUUUUAUUUGGACAAGCAUUAGUCUUAAUGUCAAAAUCAUAUAAAAUGAAUUAGGAGAAUAUUAGUGAUCAUUACAAAACAAAGGCCAUCCAAACCUUAUUUUCAUUGUUACAAGAAUGUGAUCUAUUUUUAGGGUUCUUUGAUGAGAAAUGGUUGAAGGCAUGUAUUUACAUUCAUUUUCCACACUUUUUACAUGUUUUCUAUGCUGGAUAUUUCCCCGGACAGCAUGGGGAAAAAAAUUUGAACAGCUCAUUUUUCUUUAUUUUCACUCUCCUUUCUAUAGAACACGAGAGAAAGAAAAUGAUACGAUAAAAUUUUCUCAUAUUUUCUUAAUCCACUAUUUUGAUCAUAAAUUUACAAUCAAAGACAACCCACCCUUAAGUGAACUUGCUUCUAAAUCAUCAUUGAUUCUGAUGUGCUCUUGAAAUUCUUGCUUCAGAUCCCGGGACUUCGCCGUCCAUAGCAACAGAAAGCCGAGCGUUGAACUUGAAGUGAUGGAAGACAAAGACCACUGAGACUAAUUUACAGUACUAGGGCUUGUUGUAAGGGAACUAUACUAGAUUUUCUUUUGAAUUUUCCAGAUUAGGAAGUGAUUGAGACUUGCAAAGCGUAAUGAUGCAGACACAGUGAACAUAAUAAGUGCUAUGCCAUCGAUGAUGCCUUCAACUAC